CCAAAGAACGGAGUCCGGAGAAGCCAGAGUAGAAAGCGGAAGAAAACAAAGUUUCCAUUGACUUUUAUUUUUGGGAGUAGUAUAUUAAAUUACUCCUUGACUCCGCGUACUAAGUAUGGCUGGCAUUAAAGCUCUUGUCGGCUUGUCAUUCAGUGGUGCCAUUGGCCUAACCCUUCUUUUGCUGGGAUGUGCUUUAGAGCAGUAUGGUGUGUACUGGCCAUUGUUUGUGCUGAUUUUUUAUUUCAUAUCACCCAUUCCUUAUUUUAUUGCAAAAAGAAUAAAUGGUGAUCUGGAUACAGCAAGCAGUGUUUGCAUGGAGCUGGGAUAUUUCUUCACAACAGGAAUUGUUAUUUCUGCAUUUGGGCUUCCCAUAAUUCUAGCAAGGACAGGGCUGAUCCUGUGGGGAGCCUGUGGUCUUGUAUUGGCCGGCAAUGCUGUCUGCUUCUUUACAAUUCUUGGAUUUUUCUUGGUAUUUGGAAAAGGAGAUGACUUUAGCUGGGAACAGUGGUAGAGGAGGUGUAACAACAGUGUUGGUUAUCUUGUGAAGUCCUACAUUUUUGAAAGCCUUUUUCCAAAAUUCUCUUAACACUUUUCUAAAAAAAACUCUGCAGAACAUUUUAUACACCAUCUGAUGUUGAAUAAGUAUAGUCUUAAGACCAUAAGUAUUUAAAACUACAAAGAAUUAUGAGAAAACUGGGACAGCUCCUGUAUAUCAGCUGUUUUAGUGCUGGUUUACUACAGCAAUCUGUAGUGUGUGAUGUGUAUCUUAUGUGCUAUUAUGUACAAGUAAGAAAAGAAUGUUAAGUAAUACUUUAUGCAUAAAUUGUUUUUAGUUAAUGGUUUGUAAAGGUGGUCUCAGGCUUUUCAAGAAAAUAGCUAUUUCUGUACAGACAAAGAAAGCACCAACAUUUUACUGUUGAUUUAUGUAUGUUGCCAGUGAAAGUUCUGUCAGAGGCAAUCAUUGCUAUAAAGAAAGUGUAGAAUGUGAAAACCUGUUUGAGCCUUCAGUUUUAUAUUUUACAGUUAAGCAGUAGCCCUGCCUCAUGCUUUUCUGUAUUGGAAUAUCUUUUGUUUUUGAGAACAAAACACAGGCACUUGCAUUUUCACUACAGAAAUGGUGUGUAGUAUUGUUCUCUGUUGUGCAUUCUGUGGCUGUUGUAAACCUAAUUAAAGCAGUGCAUGUGAUACACAGCUAAACGUAAAAAAUUAAAAAACAGGAGUGUAUUAAAAUAUCAGGUGCGACAUGGAAUGAUAGGCAUGACAAUAAUUCACAUAAUUGAUAUUUGGAAAAGCUGGCUAUAUCCAAAAACAUGUUUUUUCAAAUUGUGUGCAAUUCUUUUAAGUGUAUUGUGGCAGUAAUGUAAAGCAGGAAUUGAACAAAAACUCAAUGGUAUUUUAAUUAUUUGUAUUGCAAUAUACAGGAAAAUACCCUUCCUAGCAUAAUCAUCAGCAGUAGGUUACAGAAACUGGUUUGCAGAUUAAAAAUAUAUAUUGAAAGGAUAUGUACACUACACUUCUUUUAAAGUCUGUCAUACUGAAGGUUUAAUCAGAAUUCUUAUAUAAUUGCUUAAUAUGUUAUGUAGGUGAAGGAAUUUAAAACUUUUAUGUUAGACAUUUUCAUGUUUGUAAGCCUACACGAAAAGUGUGAAGAAAUGUAAAUAUGGUCCCUGUUCAGAACUGUUCAAAAUUAUUUGAAAUAUUGCCUUUUGUAUUAAGUUUGUAAAGGUUCUACUUGAACAUAUUGUAGCUCCUUUCCUUGUGGUGUAGUUUAUCAAACUUGUGUAAUCCUAUAGCAUCAUGUGCUCAACUUAUUGAUUAAAAACUGUUUAGAUGUU